UUGGUUGAGGGCAGCAGUAACGUUUGAAAGAGACAGGAGCUGCAGAUCAUCCUCUCUCAGUGUGUGUGUGUGUGUGUAGUGACAGAAUAGACCCACAGAGAAAUGGAGAUCGUCCACACUGUGCAGGUCCUGGUCAGGUCGCUGCUGCUGCUGCUGCUCUGCUCGAACUGUGACGGCAGAGAGUCGGAGUUAAACUACGUGACGUGCGGCUCCCUGGUCAAACUGCUCAACACCAGACACAACGUCCGCCUGCACUCACACGACGUCAAGUAUGGCUCAGGCAGUGGACAGCAGUCUGUAACUGGAGUGGACAACGCAGACGAUGCAAACAGUUAUUGGCAGAUUCGUGGGAAGCCAAACCGUCCAUGUCAGCGGGGGGUGGCCGUCAGGUGUGGUGAGUCCAUCCGCAUCACCCACAUGAAGACCGGUCGAAACCUCCACACCCACCACUUCAGCUCACCCCUGUCUAAUAACCAGGAGGUCAGUGCCUUUGGAGAGAACGGCGAAGGUGACAACCUGGAUUUGUGGACAGUGCAGUGCGAUGCCGUCCACUGGGAGCGUGACGAGUCUGUGCGCUUCAAACACGUGGGCACCGAUGUCUUCCUGAGCGUGACAGGCGAGCAGUAUGGCCAUCCCAUCCGCGGUCAGCGGGAGGUGCACGGCAUGAGCUCCUCCAACCAGCACAAUUGGUGGCGUGCCAUGGAGGGCGUGUUCAUUCAGCCCAGCCAGGAGCUAAUACGCCACGAUGAGCUCUGACCUCAUCACUGCAUGGACAUGUAUGUGUGUGUGUGUGCACAGUCUGUGGAUUCCUGUGGCUGUGGUGGUUUUAUAGUUCACCUGGACCAAAUGCUGUUAUGUGUGAAUGAUGUAGAAUAUUUGAAUGACUCGUCUCUGUACACGUGAAGCACUCAGGGUGUUCUGAGGCAAAGUGCAGGAGAGGUGUUGUUUUCCCUAAAAGUUUGAAAAUCACUGAUAUUGUGUAGUGCAGCCGUAUGGUUUAUUUAUUCUACAGUUUUCUCCUCAGAGGAAUUCAUAGUAGAGAAAAUCAAGGCUGGGUAACUGGACAUAGCGACUACUGAAACUGAAAUGGUGAGAGGCCCUAUGUCAAAUAAAACUUACAUAUGAAUAUUGUGUGUGUGUGUGUGUGUGUGUGUGUGUGUGUGUGUGUGUGUGUGUGUGUGUGUGUGUGUGUGUGUGUGUGUGUGUGUGUGUGUGUGUGUGUGUGUGUGUGUGUGUGUGUGUGUGUGUGUGUGUGUGUGUGUGUGUGUGUGUGUGUGUCUCUCUCUCUCUCUAUCUCUAUCUAUCUAUCAUAGGCUACCUUGAUGUCGAAUUUCUCACUUUAGUCCAGUUAAUUGGUCAGAGCUUGUCUCAAAACACAUGUCCCCUAUCAGGAGGAUUAGCUGUUAGCGUAAGUGUCCAGGAAACGUGUGCAAGUUUAUUGUACCCAAAAAGUAAGGUAUGACAAUGUGUCUCUCACACACACUCACACACAUACACAUUUGUUUGUAUUUUUUUUUAAGUAGAAGAUCUGCCUCAACCCUGCCUCCGAUUUGGUUUACUUUGAUAUUGUUACUCUUAGCCUAAUAAAUCACUCCUCAGUCCUAAACCUAACCUUACCAACAAAUGAAGGCAGCGACUCCAAGCCAAUUGGAGGCAAAGUAGGGGUAGUCUCUUCCUGCCAUGGAUGAGAAAGAAGAUAAGUCUCCCUGGGUACAUAUGAACGAUUCAUUCUGAGGCAAAAUACAUAUAUAUGUUUCUCAGUUAUAAAACGCAUCACUUUUGCUACGUUUAUGCAUGGCGUCCACUCUACUCCAGAGUUUUCAUGCCUCUAUAAUACCCAUGUUCAAGGGUAAUGCAUUACAAGUGUUGCUAAACUUGACUGUCAGUAACAGUUCCACAUCCUCGUUGAUCCAACAAAAGAACUCCAGGGUCUUUUCACCAUUACUGUUACUCGUUUAAAGCAUUUUCUGUAACUAAGAAACCAAACUUCUGAGUAAACAAUCUGCUUCACCAGCAUGCACAUGCUCAGUGUACAUGAAUGGUCAUUUGAUGUGUUUUCAGCUGUUGGUAUGGCAGGAGAAUGUUUCUAAUAUGAAGCUAAAUCACUGGAUGUUGUUUAGGUUUGAAAACAUCAUUGUUUAAAAAAAUAAAGCAUUUGUGUCAAUACAAAGAUUCAUAGUUAUAGGUGAUAAUACACUGAUAAAAACAUCACUAAGAAUUUUAUAUUCCAUUUCUGCCAAUAAAUCCCAUUAAAUCCUA